ACCCUGAGACUUCCACUCACCUGCCACCAUGCAGACCCUCAGCUUCCUCCUGGCCCUCCUCUUUCUGGUUGCCCAGACCCCGGCCCAGCCCACUGGGGAGGGAGAGAAAGGGGGCACAAUCCAGGAACCAGAGGCCACGGAGGCCCAGGAUACUGCCGCCGUCCUGAUGGCUGCUGGAGCAGCAGACGGCGAUGACUCGGAUACCAAACAGCUGGACACCACCUUCUGCAGAUGCAGGGUAUCUUGCAACAUUUUGGAGAAGUAUUCUGGGAAAUGCGAGCUAUCGGGCCGGACCGCCAGGAUUUGCUGCCGUAAGAUCAAACCCUGAACAGCAAAGGAUCAUCACUUGCUCCUGCAGGACAUUUUGCUUCCUUGGGGAGCGAAUCUCUGGGAGAUGCUAUCAAUCAGUCUUCAUCUACAGGCUUUGCUGCAGAGGCUAAUGAGACGUCUCUCUCACAGUUCCCAUCCCGCGGGGAUGCUUGUUACUGCUUUCUGUCCUCAACCUCCUCAACUGUGUCUCUGACCCAAAUAUAGUCCUGCAUCAGA